AUGUUCUGCACGAAGCUGAAGGAUCUGAAAUUGUCUGGGGAAUGCCCCUUCUCUAUGCUGAGCCAGCCAUCGGAGGACGAUGAAGUGCCGGCCAGUGCGGCAGCUGGAGCCCCGAUCUGCAGCGAGGAGUCCGGCGUAGUGCGGCACCGAAGAGCCGCCGAGGAGCCUCCGCAGAGGAAGAGCAGCCGCACCAGGGUCUACCUGCACACUUUAGCGGAGAGCAUCCACAAGUUAAUCUUCCCCGAGUUUGACAGACUGAAUCUUGCUCUUCAAAGAACAAUCACAAGACAUAAAACAAAAUGUAGCACAAACAGAUCUGCUUGCAGUACAUUUAAGCUGCCUGGCAUGCCAGUGUGUGGAAAAGUUGGGAAGGAAGAUUUUGAGAAAAUUUUGAUAAACCAGUCAAAUGCAGCAGGAGUUCCUGUGGACGAUGUUAAAAAAUCUAUAGGAGAAGAACUUUUCAAACUAUGUUAUGAAGAAGAUGAACAUGUUUUGGAAGUUGUUGGAGGGUCACUGAAAGACUUUUUAAACAGUUUUAGCACACAUUUAAAACAAAGUGGACAAAGCAGAACACAGGAAGAUGGGGGUGGACUUCAAGAAGGGUCAAUCUUGUGCCUAGAAAAAGACCCAGAUUACUUAAAUGUCUACUAUUUCUUCCCAAAUAAUGUAACAAGAUUGAUUUUACCAGGGAUUAUUAAAGCAGCAGCAUAUACACUAUAUGAAACAGAUGUGGAAGUGAAGUUGAUACCACAUCGUGAUAACGAUAGUAGUGACUUUAUCAAAGAACCCUAUCUUUUAUACUCUGUGGAGGUCAAAAAUACCAAACCAUCCUUGUCUCCAUGUAAACCACAGUCAUAUGUGGUUAUCCCAGCAGCUAUCUUCUGCAAGACUUUCCCUUUCCAUUUUAUGUUUGAUACAGACAUGAAUAUGCUACAGAUUGGUAAUGGAGUAAAGAAACUGCUCAACAGAAAGGACAUUCCUGGGAAAACCAACUUUGAAGAAAAUUUUGAAAUAAUUUUCCCCAAAGAUAAGCAGUACUUUUAGUGCUAUCAUGACUAUGUUGAAUAUGCAGUUUACUGUAAGAGUUAAAAGAUGGGACACAACCAUUGAGAAUUCACCAGAGACAAUGAAUUUGAAAGGCCAGAUGAUCUAUGUUUUUGAAUCCAGCGCCAUUUUAUUCCUGGGGUCACCAUGUGUGGAUCGGCUAGAGGAUUUUACAGGACGUGGUCUUUACCUUUCAGACAUUCCCAUCCAUAAUGCGUUGAGGGAUGUUGUGCUGAUUGGAGAGCAAGCCAGAGCACAAGAUGGGCUGAAGAAGCGGUUGGGGAAGCUGAAAGCUACACUUGAACUUGCUCAUCAGGCUUUGGAGGAAGAGAAGAAGAAAACUGUUGACCUUCUAUUCUCUAUCUUUCCUGGUGAAGUUGCCCAGCAGUUGUGGCAAGGGCAAACUGUGCAAGCCAAGAAAUUUAGCAAUGUGACAAUGCUUUUUUCUGACAUUGUAGGCUUCACUGCAAUAUGUUCUCAUUGCUCACCCAUGCAAGUUAUUACCAUGCUUAACGAACUAUAUACACUUUUUGAUUUCCAGUGUGGAGAACUGGAUGUGUACAAGGUGGAAACUAUUGGGGAUGCUUACUGUGUGGCAGGAGGAUUACACAAAGAAAGUGAGACACAUGCUUUUCAGGUUGCAUUGAUGGCAUUAAAAAUGAUGGAACUCUCGGAUACAGUAAUGUCUCCUCAUGGUGAGCCCAUCAAGAUGCGUAUUGGGCUGCAUUCUGGUUCAGUGUUUGCUGGGGUCGUAGGAGUAAAAAUGCCACGCUAUUGCCUUUUUGGAAACAAUGUCACUCUUGCCAAUAAAUUUGAGUCAUGCAGUGAGCCAAGGAAUAUCAAUAUCAGUCCUACUACAUACAGUUUGCUUAAGGAUUACAAAGGGUUCAAUUUCAUCUCUCGGUCUAGAGAAGAUCUUCCACCAAACUUUCCAUCAGACAUUCCUGGCAUCUGUUACUUCCUCGAAGCUUCUGAUCAAGAUCUGCUGACCAAGACUUGGCGCCAAAAAAAGACUCUCGAAGAUUCACAUUUUGAUUCACAUUUCAACAAAACGAAAUAA